GUAGAUAAUUUUUCACAUUACCUGUACCAAAAAAUACAGAAGUGCAUCAAAGUUGUACGUGUUAGUAGCCUAUUUUCUUGGAAAACAGUUUGCAAGGAUAUUUACUUCUUUGCUAUUAUUUAUACAGUGAAUUGUAAAUGUUUAUUUAGGAAGUAUAGAAUAUAUGAAACAUAUUUGUUAAUUUUUCAUGAUGACAAGUAUACCUGAUUUCACAGUAGAAACUGCUAAAGCUGCGUUGACUGAUAUUUUAGCAGCUUUAAAUGCGCCACAAAAUAUUCAAAAAAUUGCAGAAGUAAAAGAGAAUUCUGGCAAUGAAAUGUUAAAAAUGAUGCAGUUUGUUUUUCCAAUUGUAGUUCAAAUACAAAUGGACGUUAUUAAAAAUUAUGGAUUUUUAGAAGGACGAGAAGGUACUGUACAAUUUGCUCAAUUAAUUAGAAAAUUAGAACGAGAAGAUCCUGAAGUAGCACAAUUACAUAGCCAAGUAAAAUCUCAUUUUCUGCCACCAAUAACAAAUUCUUCUGUGGAAGCUUCUCUUUAAAAUAUUUUAAUUGUGCAAUAUCAAACAGAAUUACAUCUGUUCAUUGAUUUCAUAUAUAAAUUGUUUAUAAAAAAAAUAAUACUUAUAAUGAAUUUAUAAAAGUUACCUGAAGUAUUAUGAUAUUGCAUGUAUUGUUUUUGUUUUAUUUAAUACUUUUUAAAUAUAUAACAUUAUUGUUAAAUUAAAUUGACAUGCAAAUAUGAAGUUCUUAUUAAAAAUUGAAUAGAAAUUUUUUGUGAAGAAAAUAGGAAAAAAUGUUGAAAUUAUAUAUUUAUUGAGAAAACUUAAAAA